AUGCCAACGAGGGAGAGGAAUGCGGGUAGUAGCUCAGAUGGAACAGAAGACUCUGAUUUCUCUACUGAUCCUGAGCAUACAGACAGCUCUGAAAGCGAUGGCACAUCACGACGAUCCGCUCGUGUGACCCGGUCCUCAGCCAGACUCAGUCAAAGCUCUCAAGAUUCCAGCCCAGUUCGUAAUCCGCCAUCGUUUGGAGCAGAAGAGCCUGUCUAUUCUACAAGGAGGGUAACCCGCAGCCAACAGCAGCCUACUCCUGUGACUCCAAAGAAAUACCCGCUCCGGCAGACUCGCUCAUCUGGGUCAGAGACUGAGCAAGUGGUUGACUUUUCUGAUAGAGACACUAAAAAUGCAGCGGAUCACGAUGAGUCUCCACCUCGUACCCCCACCGGGAAUGCCCCUUCCUCAGAGUCUGAUAUUGAUAUCUCCAGUCCAAAUGUAUCCCAUGAUGAGAGCAUUGCCAAGGACAUGUCCAUGAAGGAUUCUGGAAGUGACCUGUCUCACCGCCCUAAGCGCCGCCGCUUCCAUGAAAGCUACAAUUUCAACAUGAAAUGUCCCACUCCUGGUUGUAACUCUUUAGGGCACCUAACCGGAAAACACGAGCGACACUUCUCCAUCUCAGGAUGCCCACUAUAUCAUAAUCUCUCAGCAGAUGAGUGCAAGGUGCGAGCACAGAGCCGGGAUAAGCAGAUUGAGGAGAGAAUGCUGGCCCAUCGGCAGGAUGACAAUAACAGGCACGCCACCAGACACCAGGCACCAACAGAGAGACAGCUGCGAUACAAAGAGAAAGUAGCUGAGCUCAGGAAGAAGAGGAACUCAGGACUAAGCAAGGAGCAAAAAGAAAAAUAUAUGGAGCACAGACAAACCUAUGGCAAUACUAGGGAACCUCUACUUGAAAACCUGACGAGCGAGUAUGACCUUGAGCUUUUCCGAAGAGCGCAAGCACGGGCAUCUGAGGACCUGGAAAAGUUGCGACUCCAGGGCCAGAUCACAGAAGGCAGCAAUAUGAUUAAAACAAUCGCUUUCGGCCGCUAUGAGCUGGAUACCUGGUAUCAUUCGCCCUACCCAGAGGAGUAUGCUCGCCUGGGACGUCUCUACAUGUGCGAGUUCUGUCUCAAAUAUAUGAAGAGCCAGACAAUACUGCGCAGACACAUGGCAAAAUGUGUUUGGAAACAUCCACCCGGUGAUGAAAUCUACCGCAAAGGCUCCAUUUCGGUGUUUGAAGUGGAUGGCAAAAAGAACAAGAUCUAUUGUCAAAACCUGUGUCUGCUGGCAAAACUUUUCUUGGACCAUAAAACACUCUAUUAUGAUGUUGAACCCUUCCUCUUCUAUGUCAUGACAGAAGCUGACAACACUGGCUGUCACCUGAUAGGAUAUUUCUCCAAGGAGAAGAAUUCUUUUCUCAACUACAAUGUUUCUUGUAUCCUGACAAUGCCUCAGUAUAUGAGGCAAGGCUACGGCAAAAUGCUCAUUGACUUCAGCUAUUUGCUUUCUAAAGUAGAAGAAAAAGUUGGCUCUCCGGAACGCCCUCUGUCUGAUUUAGGUCUCAUCAGCUACCGUAGUUACUGGAAGGAAGUUCUCCUUCGUUACCUGCAUAAUUUCCAAGGAAAAGAGAUCUCCAUAAAAGAAAUCAGCCAGGAGACUGCAGUAAACCCUGUCGACAUCGUUAGCACGUUGCAGGCGCUUCAGAUGCUCAAGUACUGGAAGGGAAAACACCUGGUCCUGAAAAGACAGGAUCUGAUUGAUGAAUGGAUAGCCAAAGAGGCAAAAAGAUCCAACAGCAAUAAGAUAAUGGAUCCCAGCUGUUUGAAAUGGACCCCUCCUAAGGGAACUUAACUGUCUCUCACUCCCGAAGCCAGUGAACCCCAGCAGUAGGAAGUACCCUAGGGAUCUCUGUCGUAUCUGUUGCUGUUGUGAUUGGCUGGUACAGUACCCUCCCGAAAGAUCAGUUCCCCUUGGUACUGUUCUGGCCCAGAUCUUUUGUGCACACCGCAGACGCUAGUUCUGAGGAACUUUAUGUUUCGGCCUCAAUGAGGUUGCAAGGAUUGGAUCUGUAUAGGACCCAAACGAAGCUCCUAGCAGCACUGGCCCAAGGAGUUCUGAUAUCUGGUACUGUACCUGUCCAGUCACUGGUCUUACCCUCAUGUUCUUAUUCCGAUGAGGUUGUGUUGUGUCCUAUAAUCUGGUUGUUUCUUCCUUCAGGUUCCUUGCGUUCUAAGUAAUGGAGAUGAACUUCUGUGGCUUUUGAACAAGGUCUAAUAACGCUUGUUUGGGGAAAGUCUGGUUUUCCAACAAGCUGCAGUUACACUGACUUCAGCAUUUUUAACUAGUCCUGCCUGAUGGACUGUUCCAUUCCACGUAUCAAAUAGUUUUAGUAAGAUAACAUGCCACGUCUCUCAGCAGUGUUUUCCAUAUAAUGUAGCAGGUCUUCACCUAGUUAAUAUUGUACAGUCAGAAGCUUGCAUAUCUUGUAACCGAGUGGUGUGAGUGUUAGUGUUACCCUGGAGCAGUCGAGGCUAAGUGUGUGAGAACAUCACGGUCUGAGAUGUUUCAUAGAGUUGCUCUUGGUAUGUGCUCCUGGAGCUACUACAGUACCACGUCUGUUGGAGAGACCUCUUUGAUUAUAAGUUACCGGUUUUUCCUGUU